AAGUAAAGCCCCUCGCUCUGGAGAUGGAGUACCCGGACGACUACCUCCUGUUGUCCCAGCUGGUUCACUUGCAAUUCAACGACUCGCUCAACUUCAACGGUACCUACAACGAGACCGACACACUACUGCCAACCGUCAGAGUUACUAUCGUGGUGGUCUACAUGAUUGUCUGUGUCAUCGGCCUUGUGGGAAACUUCCUGGUCAUGUAUGUCAUCAUCAGAUACACAAAGAUGAAGACAGCUACCAACAUCUACAUCUUUAACCUGGCUCUGGCUGACUCUUUGUUCCUGGCGACUUUACCUUUCCAGGGCACAGACGUGUUCCUGGGCUUCUGGCCGUUUGGGAACGCUCUGUGCAAAGUGGUGGUAUCUAUCGACUACUACAACAUGUUCACCAGCACCUUCACCCUGACGGUGAUGAGUAUGGACAGAUAUGUGGCUGUCUGCCACCCUGUCAAGGCGCUGGACAUGAGGACUCCUCACAAGGCCAAGGUGGUGAAUAUCUGUGUGUGGGUGUUGGCUUCAGCCUUUGGUGUUCCAGCCAUGUUCCUGGGAAAUGUUGAGGUGGAAGAGCAUGGCACCAUUGAGUGCAUCGUGGUUUUGCCUGAACCAAAGAGUCACUGGGAUCCUGUCUUCGGCACCUGCGUGUUCCUCUUCUCCUUCCUCAUCCCUGUGGCUAUCAUCAGCAUCUGCUACAGUCUGAUGGUUAAGCGCCUGCGCAACGUCCGCAUCCUGUCCGGCUCCAAGGAGAAGGAUCGCAACCUGCGGCGCAUCACCAGGAUGGUGCUGGUGGUGGUGGCGGCAUUUGUGGUCUGCUGGACCCCAGUCCAGAUCAUGGUCCUGGCUCAGACUCUGGGCUUCAACCUGAGCAGCCUGUUCACGCUGGUGCUGAUGCACUUCUGCAUCGCGCUGGGCUACGUCAACAGCAGCUUGAAUCCUGUGCUCUAUGCCUUCCUGGAUGAGAACUUCAAACGCUGCUUCCGUGAGUUCUGCAACCCGUCGCCCUUCCGCCUGGACACCCAGCAGUCGGGCCGGAUGAGGAGCAUCGCCAGGGAGGUGGCGGCGGCCUACAGUUGCAAAGCUGAUGGUAGUGGGCACGGUGGAGGGACAUCUAAUCCCGCAUGACUAGGCGUGGAGCUUCCCUUGGUGGGGGUAGACCCCCAAGAAAGGGGAGAGAACCACGGGACAGGGAACUCCAACACAGAAUUGACCCAGAUUACAGCUCUCUAGCGGCACGAGCCCCCCCGCCCCCCAACUAGAAGACUGGCCUGGGGUGGGGGGGAAGGAGAUGAGGAGGAAGGGGUCGAAAGGAAAAGGAUUUAGAAAUAUGGAUGGUGAUGCCAAACAUAUAAUA